AUGCGCGACUUCUUCGGGUGCUACCUACUAUUCAGCCUGGCACCUGAAGGGAAGGGGAGGACGUACAUCGGCUGGACUUACGGACUGAAGGUUCACGGUCAACCCCCGACGGCGCAUCCGACAGCACAACGGGUUGAUAAAGGCUGGGGCAUGGAAGACCUCAAGAUCCAAGCGCUACAGUUCGAAUGGGCGUGGCAGCACCCUCUGCGAAGCGUCAUCGUAAGGCCCAUCGCGCAAGCUUUGGGUUCUAAAAAGCUCCAGGGCGUUCGCGGGAAGAUCCUCCUCAUGCUCAGCAUGCUGCACGAGUCUCCGUGGCGGCAUUUUCCGCUGACACUGCAGUACCUUAACCCUAAGUACGAGGCCAUGAUCAAGGAGACCGUUGUGAGCGCGCCCUGCCAUGUGCGCGUCUUCACGGCCCCGUUGGAAGACCUCCCACGAGCGCUAGACGACUUGGACGACGAUGAGGAUGAGGAUGAUCCGGAUUCUAAUGAGGAGCAGGAUGAGCAAGAGGAGCUUGGGGAGGGCGGCGUUAGCGGCAGGGAGCGGAAC